CGGGUGUUUGCUUCUCUGUGUACCUGCGUGCGUACCUGCGUGGUACCUGAUUUAGGAGCCCGCGGAAGUGUGGAAGCCGGGCAGUCGCCGCCGGAGCGCGGGUGGGAGGCAGCUCCUGAAGCCAGCGGGAGCCCUCGGAAGCCAAACCUCUCCUUGUACAGGGUCUCCUCACAACCCACUUAGGGUCCUCCCGGUCUCAAGAUGAGCCUCGUGCUCAGGAACCUGCAGAGCGUCAUCCCCAUCCGGAGGGUCCCGCUUCGGGCCAGAAUCGAACUGCUCCGAAACAUCCUGGGCAUCCGGCAGUUUGACCUGGGAGUGAUAUGUAUGGACAACGCGGGCAUUCAGCGCCUUAACAGAACCUACAGACGCAGCCACGGCCCCACCGACGUGCUCUCGUUUCCCUUUCACGAGAACCUGAGGGCAGGGGCAGUGCCUCAGCCCGAGAGCCGCGACGACUUCAACUUGGGAGAUCUCUUCCUGGGAGUGGAGUACAUCUUCCACCAGUGCCGAGAGAACGGGGAAGACUACUACGACGUCCUGACGGUGACGGCGGCUCACGGGCUCUGCCAUUUGCUCGGGUACAAGCACAGCACAGCAGCCGAGUGGCAGGAGAUGUAUCGCAAAGAAAAGCUCACGCUGGAAGCGCUGAACAAGGUCGCCGGGACCAGCCUCCAGCCCCUGACCAAGAACCUUUUUGGAUGAUGCCCUUCACGGAUCUGUCGUAGCUGCCCCGAGCUCAGGGACCAGACGGGACGGCGGCCCCGGACGGGGGAGUGGGUGCAGCAAGGAGCUGUGGCUCCCGAGGGGGGCGGGAGGGGGGGGGCUGAAGGCAGCUGCCCCAAUGGCGGGCCCCACUCUCCUGGGACACCGGGAAGCACAGGUCCUGCCACCUGCCCAGGAAGGGAAGAGUGCCUGAGGGCAUGGGCAGUGCCCCCUGGAGCUUUGGGGCCAAAAGGCGAGAGGAUGGGGAAGUAGGACAGUGUGCUACAGUUUAGAGGGCAAGGAGAAGCGGGCACCUCACCAGGCUCCGGGCCAGCUGGUGUGGCCGAGCAAGGCCUGUGGGCUCUCCGCCGGGGUUCUCGAGGAAAGACCUGCAGGCUUGGGGAGCCCCAGGGCCCUCCAUCCAUUGGUGAGGGCCACGUUGGCUCUUGGGAUCAAUAUGUGCCCAUUGCCCAGACUCCGGGCCAGGAUGCCUCACCUGCGGGGCAAGGACCCCUCGGGGCCUUUGGGCCCGAGCCUGGACAGAGCCUGGAGGAGUCCCUCAGUCACAUGAAACCCUUGGGAGAAGGGGCAAGCCGGCAUCAAGGCCGCCCUUUCCAGGUCUCUCGAGGCUGACAGGUGGCACUUGGGAGCCCCGUCCUCCCCUUGGGGGGCUUGAUUAGCUUUUCUAAGUCCCUGAUAGCCAGGGCCAGCCUUCUCCUCAGAGGCGGGGCUUCCAUCCCUGGGGCCUGGGGGAGGAGCCUGGCAGUGUGCUGGCCUGCUGUGGGGGGCAGGGUGGCCAGCCCUGGCAGCCGAGAGGAAGCAGCCCGGGAGGGGAGACCCGAGGCCCUCUCCCUGGGCCUCCAGGGGGGACAAGUCCUGUUCCUUUGCUCCUGCUUAGCCACCGUUGCCGUUUUCCUGUGAGCUCGCUGCAGAACGGGAGUGCUUCCUCAGCCAGAUGCUUCUCCCCAGUUUGUUUACCGAGUAGACUGACCCCCUCUAGGGGAGGGAGAGCCUUGGGGGGCUCACGAGCAAAACCGGGGGGAGCCAUUGCCCAUCAUGUGGGGACUGAGCCACAGGGACGGCACGUGGGCCCGCUCGGGGCCAGGCACCCGAUGAGAGCCGCUCAUUCACUGCUCCCAAAGCCGCGGGCAUGAUGGGCUCAGGGCGGGGACUCGCGGUCCGGGCGGUACCGAGGGCAGCCUCUGGGGCCCAGAGCCAGGGCGGGAGGCCCCUCACCUGCAUCCUGGCCAGCAGAGGGAGCUGCAUCACUGACUGACCGACUGGGACAUGGCGCUGAGCCGGGAGAGGGACAUAGCCAAGGGGUGGGGGGUCUUCGCUCAGCCGGCAGCACAGCUGGUCCUCAAACCUGCAAGCAAGGGCGGGCUGAGGGGGCACCAUGGACACAACCACAGCUCGCCCACCCCCCCCCUCCUCAGCGGGAGAGCAGAACAGACCUUGGACCCUUGUCCUUCAGUGCUGACGAGCACCACUGGGGACAUCCCAGAAUCAAUGUGGGGGGGUGAGGGGGAGACCUCGCCUGGUUCCUGGGAGCCCCCUCCUUGGGGGUCCGAGGGCCCAGCUCCUUCCAAGCUGUCAGGACACCAGGAGCCUGGGAUGUUCUUCCCCCUCGGGGCUCCCUCCUUCAAAGUCGGCGCCCCCCUCCCAGAGUCCAGGACCUUCUCCCGAGGGAAAGCGCCCGGUAUGCAGCAGGCGCCAACUCGCUGUUGGCCCAGCACUUGCUUUUUGCUCUCCUCCUCCACGCAGAUGCCGGUGAGCGGACACUCCUGGAGGCCUUUCUGCCGGAAGGGCGGGCUGUGGCUCCUGUUCUCCGUGCUGGGCAGAGGGAGGGGCGCCUGCGGGCACUCCUCCCCCAAGCCAGAGGGCCCUCCCGGGCUGCCUGGGAACCUGAGAGCUUUAGCCAGAAGCCGCGGGAGGGAAAGCGCUUCCUAAGGAGGAGAGAGGCGCUGGGCUCCCCCUCUCUAGGGGUCACAGGCAGAAGCACUGGGGGUAAUUCCGCUCCCUCCCAUGAAGCCCGAGGCCAUUCAGAGGAAGAGUCGGCCCUGCUUCCAUGACAAACUCGUUUAAAAUAUAAAAAGACACGUGGACCCGCCCGUCCUGCCCACGGCCCCUGCGGGAACACACCUCGCCAGAGGGGAGGCUGGGCGAUGGCGGUCGCUCCCCAUAGGGGGCUCCACACUGCUUAGCAGCUGCUGGGAAGUAGCGCAACGUUGCUGGGCCCGGGAGGGUCUUUUAUUCCUUUACUAAAACCUGCCCUUUCGCCUCCCCCCAAAUGGAGAGUAAGGCCAAGGUCCCCGUUGCCGCCCGCGUGUCUCGGUGUCCCUCCCAGGAGGUUAUCACUGGGUCCCGCAAUGCUGGCUGCUCAUCAAGGCUUCCAAACCCUUUGUACAGCCCCUUUCCCCCCCUCCCCCCACAGCGGCUCCAUCGCACCUGGUGCCCCCCUCUUCCUGGGGACGGCCGCCCCCUCGGCCCAGCGCUUUGCCCCCACAGCCGCGUUUCCUGCACCCUCCGAGUCUUUUCUGUUAGCACCGACCCCUCCAAUUCUCCAUUCCCCGGGCGGGUUCUCCCUUGACCAGUUGGGAGGAGAGGAAGUUGCAGGGUCGGGGCCCACGCCGGCCACUGCGCUCUGACUUGGGGAGUGCCCCCCCCCCCAACCUCCCGCAUGUUCCCCUUGGGUGGAAUGGAGAGAGAAAGUGAAGAACUUAAGAGGAACGGUUCAAUUCUUUUUCUGUAUUUUAUUAUCUCUCUGCCCCCGGGACCUGCAGAAGUCCGGGUGUGCGAGCCAGUAUUUACUUAAAGCUAGAUGGAUUUACUUAACCAGAAAUGAUGCCAUUUCUCCUUGUUGAAUGUUAUCAGUAUUUAGAUGUUAAAUGCCGUCAGCUCAGAAAGCUCAAGUUUGAGAAGCCGACGAUGAUUCCUCUCGGAAUCGGGGAAACGAAGCGUUCCCUGCCGAUCUGCCUUCGGCACCAACUUUUACCAUUCAGUUAGGGGAGAGGGCCCCUAUCUCUCAGCGCUCCCCACCCUAUGAUGUAAUCCUUUGUAACAGAGCCUAUAAAAACUGCGGAGCUUCCCUAAAUCUUUAGCCCUUCUACCGCGAGCUUUCUCUCCCUCCUGGCAGUGGAAUUGCUCCUUCUCAUGAGAAUUUAUGAAUAAAUAACUUUUCUGCUUUCUA